AUGAGCACUCCAACGGACUGGAGCGGAGCUGCGUCUAUGGCGCAAGACUCAGUGCAUCUUGGUACGUGGACGAACUGGUCACGAGGAAAGAUUAUGGGUGCGACUCUUACUCUCAAUCGAGCUGACGGCAAUCUUCUCAUUGCCUUCACGCCUGUCUUCGUCGGGAUAGUUACUGGUCGCUUGUGGCGGAUCGCCUGUUACAUUUUUCACAGAUGUUACUCGACAUCUGAGCCCCGAGACGCGCUUCACCAUCAGCGCCAAGCAGUGCUCCGGAACUCGAGUUCUGCAGCAUCUGCUCUGUGGACGUUCAUGCAAAUCGUGUGGGCAUGGCAGAAUAUCAGUAAAGGCACUUUCGCUCGCGCUUUUCCUGCCUUCUUAACGGCUGCCUCCUGUGUCAUUGCCUUUGCGGUCGUGGGAGGUUACUCCAACUCAUCCAACAUACGCCUGGACACGGGCUACAUAGACACCGUCAAAGACCUGGGCGUAAACAGCCCCCAGGAUGAAAGCAUUCAGUACAGAUCAGUUCUUCAUUGCGCGCCGCUUAAAACAGACGGGUACAUGAGUGACGAAACCACGUCUACCGACAACUUCACGCAGUAUCACUUCGGCUCUUCACAUGGCACUGCAAAUUUCAGCAAUGCAACAUACAUCACAGAACAUAUAUAUUCCCAGUACUUCAAGCAAGCAAGCAAUCCACAGAGAAUGCGAGGCAAGAAUUUCGUCCUUGCGAGGCUUCAGGCAGUUGUGAUGAACAAUGCCACCCGGCCUGAUCGAUCAGAAUUCGUCCCCAUCCCUGCUCUUGCUCGUUCGGAUGCAGAUAUAAUUCUGAUAUUCCUUGCCGGAAAUGGAGUCCAGUUCUUCCAGGCAACUGAUGAUCUUUGGUAUCGAGCAACCAUCCCAGGAGAUACAUCGAGCGACUCCACUGGACAAGAUGGGAAAACACAGCUCUAUCGACCAGAAGAAGCCUCUUCGCCCCUGGGAUGUACUCAACAAAUUCAAGUCUGCAAUCCAUCUCUUCCAGCGGAUAGACGAUGUGGGCCCUUGGCCAGCUGGAUCGACGCUCAGCUGGGGGCGGCGGCUUUGUUCAAUAUGACAGGAGAGGAACUUCUGAAUGGUGGUUUUCCGAGCCAUCGAAUUGGGUCGAGGUAUAGCUGGUUCACUAUGCAACUAGGGUAUGCAACCUUCCCAAUCGGCGACGUACUGUCCGUACUCCAAGCCAGGGCCCUGGCGUCUCAACAAUAUUUGGCAGAAGGGGUUAUGGGAGAGCUGCCAGAGAAUCAGUGGCAGCUUGAUGUCUCCCAUUGGUUUGCGACAUACCUGGCCUCCGUACAAGCGGCGAUUGUGAAUACUGCCUUGGGGACGACCGAUCCCACCCUCGACCCGUAUAAGGUAUUGCCACCAAACCAGCACGUCAGAGAGCUGUGCAAUAGCCAGAAGAUACUUAGUACCCAAUACGUGUCUUUCAGCCUCUUUGGACUUUACUUUACCUUCACUACCGGCACGGUCCUGAUCCUGAUAUCUUACAUUCUCGAGCCCAUCUUUGCUUGCCUCUAUCGCCGGCGCAAAUACAGCGAAUAUACCUAUCUCGAAUGGGCAGCCACGGAGACGCUUCAACUACAGCGCACCAGCUACCAAGGAAUAGCCUCAGGGACCUGGUCUGGGUACACCAGGGCCAUCCCAACGACCAAACGGACAGAGACUUUAGGCAACCUGCCUUUGUCUUAUCAUGUGCCGGACAGCAGUGCUGCAGGCGUCGAUGAUUCUCUCGAGCAGGGGGAUUCCAGCAGUAGUCCGAGUGUUCCGCCUGUUGCAUCGCCGUGCGGAUCGAUGGAUCGCGUUUCGUUGGAUGAUCUACUGCUCGAAACCGGGUCGACUACCGAGAGCCCCUGGUCACCUUCAUCUAUGACAUCUCGAACGACAGAUGAUGGGAGCACUUGA